UUUAAGCAAAACAAUGUCAAGAGCAAGUGAUUUAAUAUUUAAAACAAGAAAAACUUCCGAAAAAAUCUCGGAAAAUGUACACAUAUUCGCGAAUGAUCCCUCCCUAGCUUUUUUUCGAGUUCAGGAGCACGUGCGGAAAGUACUACCAGCGAUAUAUGAAAAACGUGAAGAAGUGUUUCAGUUGCAAAAAAAUCUUCAGGGACACUGCUAUGACAUGGAAUAUGGAGUAGAAGCACUACAAACAAUAGAAAAGUCGGAGCCCUUAUUUUCCAAUGUGCAAGCAAUUUUAAAAAAUUCAAUUUUUUUAAAGCAACAACUUGCUACCGAAGAAAACAGGCUGAAAGUAUUAAAAGAAAGCAUCAAAUCCUCGGUAUACAAGAGAUUUUCGGCGCACCUUGCAUUAGAUCUUCCCGACUUGCCUGACUUUAGUGGUGUAAUACGGGACACGAGUCAACGAAUUGAAAAUAAGAUCGGUCCAAGUAAUGGACGCGAUGCACAAUCUAACUUAGGAGAACUUCAGAGGUCCUAUACCACAUUACACUAAUUGUUUAUGGAUUAUAAAAUACAUUAUUAAGAACUACAAAUAAAUACUAAAUAGUUAAUA